AUGGAUCCUACUUUGCCGAACAUCACUGUUUUCGCAACUGGUGGUACCAUCGCAGGCUCUAGCAGUAGUAAUACAGCAACAACGGGAUACACGCCAGGUGCCGUAGGCAUUCUAACCCUCCUUGAGGCAGUCCCAGAAGUUCUCGAUAUUGCCAACGUUGCCGGUGUUCAGAUCUCCAACGUCGGUAGCCCGGAUAUAACUUCAAGCAUUCUCCUCAACCUGUCAAAGGAAAUAAACGAAGUAAUUUGCAAAGAUGAUACCAUGAGCGGUGCAGUCAUCACCCAUGGUACCGACACCCUAGAAGAAACCGCCUUCUUCAUGGACGCUACCAUCAACUGCGGUAAACCCAUCAUCAUCGUCGGAUCCAUGAGACCCUCCACGGCCAUUUCGGCCGACGGUCCUUUCAAUCUCCUCGAAGCCGUAUCUGUAGGUAUUAAUCCUGAUGCUGUUGGUCGUGGAGCUAUGGUUGUUCUGAAUGAUCGUAUCGUAUCUGCAUAUUAUGCUACCAAGACCAACGCAAAUACAAUGGAUACAUUCAAAGCAGUCGAGAUGGGAAAUUUAGGAGCACUCAUUUCAAAUACUCCUUAUUUCUUCUAUCCGCCCGUUGAACCUACCGGGAAAAUCGCAUAUGAUAUUUCGAACGUGACGGAGAUUCCUCGAGUGGAUAUCCUCUUCUCAUACCAAGAUAUGCAAAAUGAUACUCUCUACAACGCUGUUUCCAGUGGCGCUAAAGGCAUUAUUAUCGCCGGUUCAGGAACAGGAAGCGUAAGUACAUCAUUCGACCAUGCCAUCGAAGAUGUAAUCAAUAGAUUCAACAUCCCCAUUAUCCAAAGCACACGCGUGCAAAAUGGAGAAGUGCCCGAAUUCGAAAGUGAGACUGCUAUACGUAUCACAUCUGGAUAUUUAAAUCCUCAGAAAUCUAGAGUUUUGCUUGGUAUUUUGUUGGCGUUGGAUAAGAAUAUUACGGAGAUUAGGGAUGCGUUUUCCGGGAAUGCUGUUUCUUAA